AUGGACUUCCCAGCUUCCAGCACCUACGAUUGUCUCUGCCCUGUAGAUACGAGGGAUCACAAUGAACUCUCAGACGACGGUGAUGUAGAAAGCUCUCCGCAGCCGCCUCACGAUGAUUCCACGGACUUUAAUAAGCCCACUCUCGAUGGCACCACUGCUCUCCAUCAUUUGGCUCCACUUCCGCCAUCUCAGCAGCCUGCCCCAGAGGCCAUCGAGAAGUCGGACGGUGGUGUUCCACCACCAGUUUCUAAGCAGUACACGCCACUGUCUCCAAUGGAGUCAGACCGACGUCCCAGCAGACCCCGGGUCGCCUACGCUCCCAACACCAGUGACGAGAGGCUGACCAGCUUCCCGUCUCAGAUCAGCAUGCUUAACCUCACGGUAUCACGAAAGAAGCAAGAUGAACGGAAACAGGAGACGGAGCAGGUACCUGGCACGGACGGUGCCACUCCCACGCAUACCUUCGCACCUGCCUUAGAUCACACUAAUUAUGAUCUAUAA